AUGGAGCCCUCUUACUAUUCACAAAUACCCCAUUUUCCAUUUUCAUCCAUAUUUAACCCCUCUAUCGGAAAUGUUACUCCAACUUCCUUGCCGUUUCCAACUCAAUUUUGUGCAUCAAGACAUAACUCAUCUGGUGUUGGUGGCUCUUCUAACCCAUCCUCUCAGACUCCUAUACAAUCUAGUCCAAAUUCGCAAUAUUCAGAUUUUGCCAACCCUCGUGGAUUAGAUGCUAUCGACAUCAAUGAUGAUGAUAUUGAAGAUUGGAGGCAAGAUAGUAUUCAACACUGGCAUUGGAAAGAGGAUGAGAUGCUGAUCAGUGCAUGGUUAAAUAUUUCAACUGACCCUAUAGUUGGUACUGAUCAAAAGGGAAAAACAUUUUGGAGUCGAAUUCAUAGCUACUGUGCAGAAUUUUGCUCCGACAUGACAACGGGGGUAGUUGCAUGUAAGAAACGAUGGUAUAAGAUCAACAAGGCUGUUGCACAAUUUGCUGGUUGCUACGAUCAAGCUAGUCGAAACAUAAGGAGUCGUUCGAACGCUGAUGAUAUAAAGGAGUUGGCUUAUAAACUUUAUUCCAUAAAUUAUGGUAAAAAAUUUACUUUUGAGAGAUAUUGGAACAUGCUUCGGUUGGAGCAAAAAUGGAGAAGCCAACUACCUACACAGAGUGGUGGCUCAAAGAGAACCAAGGUUAAUGCAACUCGAGCAUACUCAUCCUCAUCAAACCCAGAAACACCGUUGGCUGACGAACCCGGUGUGGACUCUCCCGUUCGCCCACAAGAAUCAAAGAAGAGCAAGCGAAAAGGUAAGGAAAAAGCACAGAUGUCUGAAGAUUUGAGCGAAAGAAAAUCAUCGAUUGUCAAAAAAUUAUCUCUCAUGGAAGAUAUUAAGAAUGUUAGAGAAAAGGAACUAAUGGAUAGGGAAAAAGAAAGAGAAGAGGAGAAGGAACAUAGAGCAAAGAUUAUGGCAAUCAAAGAGAAGGAGUUACAAAUUCAAGCGUAUGUUCUUAUUUUUAUUGCGUAUUACUGGUUUAUGAUGUAG